AUGCCAUCCUCCCACGCCUUAAGUGAUGACCAAGUCAGUCAUGAACUCUUCAAGAUGGAAGCCUUCAUCAAGAAAGAAGCUGAAGAAAAAGCUAAGGAAAUAAGAUUGAAGGCUGACGAAGAAUAUGAAAUUGAAAAAUCUAAUAUCGUUCGUUCCGAAAUUUCUUCAAUUGAUAAAUUAUUCGAACAAAAAUUGAAGAAAUCUGAAUUAGCCCAACAAAUUACCAAAUCUACAAUUGUUAACAAAACCAGAUUAAAGAUCUUGGCCGAACGUGAAAGUAUCCUCAAUGAAAUCUAUGCCUCAACUGAAACCCAAUUGAAGGCAUCUGUCAAGGAUGCUAAGGCAUACAAGGAAGUUAUGAUCAAGUUGGUUGAGGAAGGUCUUUAUACUUUGUUAGAACCAAAAGUUUCAUUGAAGAUUAGAAAAGGCGACACUGAAUUGGUGAAGGAAAUUUUGCCAACUGUCACCGAAGUUUUUGAGAAGACUGCCAAAUUCCCAGUCGAAAUCCUCAUCAAAGAAGAUGAAUACUUGGAUGAUGCCUUAAUUGGUGGUGUCAUUAUUGUCAACGGUACCGGUAAAAUUGAAGUUAACAACACCUUAGAAGAAAGAUUGCAUUUGUUGUCCGAAACUGCUUUACCAUCGAUUAGAUUAGAACUCUUUGGUCCUUCUCAUACCAGAAAGUUUUUUGAAUAA